AUGGCAAUCGACAGGCCAACAUCUAGUGUCCAGCACUCAUCUUUUUUUUCUUUUUUUAAAGCAAUUGUCAUAGCUUUUUUUAUUCAUCUCUCUAUCUAUCUCAGUUUAUUCAUAUCUAUCUAUCUAUCUAUCUAUCUAUCUCAGUCUAUUCAUAUCUAUCUAUCUCAGUUUAUUCAUAUCUAUCUUAGUCUAUUCAUAUCUAUCUAUCUAUCUAUCUAUCUAUCUAUCUAUCUAUUGGGGGUUUCUUCUUUUUCUCUAUUUCUGUUUUUCAUUUGCUGUUUAAUUACACUCUCUCCUUUUUUUUCUCUCUCUCCAUAUCUAUCUAUCUAUCUAUCUAUCUAUCUAUCUAUCUAUCUAUCUAUCUAUCUAUCUAUCUCAUUUUGUUCAUAUCUAUCUCAUUAUGUUAAUAUGUAUUUAUCUCAUUCAGUUCAUAUCUAUCUAUCUAUCUAUCUAUCUAUCUAUCUGUCUGUCUAUCUAUUUGUAUCUUUCAGCAGUUUCUAA